UAUUUAAAUUUAAUUAGUCCAUGGAGGCAGAAACAGAACCAUUAUCUUAUAUCCUUAACUAUUACAGGGAACGAAUCGAGAAUAAUGAAGAUGAAAGAAGGAAAUGGUAUGAAACCUUAGGUAAACUCAGAAUCUCCCAAGACUACGACCAUCGUCUUAGAUGGGAGCAUAAAUAAGAGAACAGAAGAACUUCAAGAACUAGAAACCGCGGUUAAAGAUGCACACUACUUCCUCUACGAUUACAGGGACAAAAUAGGUAAACUAAAAGACGAAAACAAUGCUUUGGUCCAAUCAGAGACAGAAAACCGCAGAACCAUCAAAGACCUUCUCGCCCUCAACAACUCAGUGGAACAGCAUGUUCACUUCUCUGAAGGCUCUUCACCCGAAAGGCUGCUAUCCUACUCAAAAUCAGCUUUGGGAAACAAUAUUCACCAAAGAAACAAGGAGAACAUCCCUGGCUCCAUAAACCUGGCCAACCAGACCCCUAAGACAAAUCCAAACUACAAGACUCCAAACAUAAUUAGAACAGUGUACCUUGAAAACUCAGAUUUGGCUGCUCUCCGCAAGGAACUUGAAGAACUACAAACAGAAAUUCACGAAGAAAAGGACAUGUAUGAGUGCCAGCUUCAUGCUGCCAGGAACGAAAAGGCAGAAUAUGAUGAAUACGCUAGGCAAGAACUAAUCAGUGAUAAUGCCAAGAUCAAUGAUCUCUUACAGGAAUUCGAGCAGACAGAUCACCUGAGCCUAGAUACACUAAUGGAUUACGGCAGGCUACUCCAAGAAGCCGAUGAUAAGGUCAGAACAGCAGAGGAACAAAAUGAGAAAUUAAGGAUCGAGAACACAGAACUGGCAGCCAAGAUUAAGAAAGUCAAGAAGGAAUGCGAAAAUGAGCUCAGAAAUGCAGAGGAAGAGUAUGAGAGACAGACCCAGCAGUAUGCUGAAGGAAUGCUGGAUAUCGAUCCAAACCAACCAAGUGCUGCGAGGUUUAAACAACAAUCUGACAUCCAAUCAGAGUACAUUGAGAUCAUCAAAGAUCAAUACAAUAAAAUCCAGGAUAUCUACAGGAAAAAGAGCAAAAUACUUGUCAAGAGACAGAAGAAAAUGAAAGAAAAAUUGGCUAAAACAGAGGCAAGAAGAGCCCUCGAAAUGAGUGGCUACUACGAAGACCUGAGACUUCUUGACAAAAAGUGCAAUUUAUUCCACAAGUCAUAAU